AACUGCACCUUCCAACCUUGUCAAGCCAAACUCAUCAUUCAUCAAAUCAAACAUAUCCAACAAAAACAGCUUCUCCCUCUUGUGCUUGUAAGACAAACACCAAUCAAUCUACUUGUUUCAACUCUUCAUCCAACACUAGCUAAGUUCUUAGCUCAUUGGAGACUAUUUGUGUUGACCCAUUAUUCAUUUCAUUCCAUUUUUGCCAAAUAAAGAGGUUGACAGAGAGAAGCUGAAGUGAUGGUGAUGAAGGAGAGAGAUGAAGAGCUCGCUCUGUUUCUUGAGAUGAGGAGGAGAGAGAAAGAAAAUGAGAAGAACAACCUUCUCUUACUUCAAAACUCUGAGGAACUUGAUUUGUCUAAUUUGGAAUCUACUCGUGGAAACUCUAUGAUUUCCAAGAUUGUAUCUUCAGUGCCUCCAAGGAAGACCGGGGUUGAAGAGUUCUUGAAUUCAGAGAAUGACAAGUCUGAUUAUGAAUGGCUUCUUACACCACCGGAUACACCUCUUUUUCCUACUCUAGAAAAAGAGUCACAAAUAUCAAUAAAGAGUGAACUGGAGAUUCAUAAUGCUCGUCCAACAGCUUUAAAACCUAGGGUAGCUAAUAUCCAAGCAGAACCUGCUCCAAGAAGCAAUAUAGUUUCUAAGCAUCAUGCAUCAGUGCCGGGACUCGGUUCUUCCACUACUGGUAGUAGGAGACCCUCAUCUGUUGGUCCAACCUCAGCCACUUCCAGAUCUUCAACUCCAUCUGGAAGGCCAACAUUACCUUCAACUACCAAAUCCUCUAGGCCCUCUACACCCACCUCCCGAACCACCAUAACAUCUGCAAAGUCAACAGCUCCACCAGUGCGAUCAUCCACUCCUUCUAGAUCCACUGUGAGGUCCUCAACACCUACUACAAGGCCUUCCUUGGCAUCUUCAAAGACAUCUCAAAGAUCAGCAACUCCAACACUUAGAUCAUCAACCCCAUCGAAGGCAUUCGGAGUAUCUGCUCCUCCUACUAGACCUUCAUCAGCAUCAAAAGCUCGCCCCACAGUUUCUAAAAAUCCGGUGCAAUCACGUGGAAGCUCUCCAUCAGUGAAAUCUAGACCUUGGGAACCAUCGCAAAUGCCUGGUUUUUCUCUUGAUGCUCCUCCAAAUUUGAAGACAUCAUUGCCAGAUAGACCAGCUUCAGCCACUAGGAGUAGGCCUGGAGCGCCAAAUUCUAGAUCAUCUUCUGUUGAGGCCAAUAGCAAUGGAAAAUCUAAAAGGCAAUCAAGUGCACCUUCCAAAGCAAGGGCUUCAACUGGGUUUAGCCACAGCAAUCAGAGCUCCAUGCAUGCUUUGAGUAGAGCUCGUUUCACUGAUGGUGAUGAUGAAAGCCCGGUUGUUAUUGGGACAAAAAUGGUUGAAAGAGUAGUAAACAUGAGAAAACUGGCACCACCAAAGCAUGAAGACCAUCAUUCUUCUCAUAACAAUUCUUAUGGAAAAUCUUCAUCAUCUAGUAGCUCUGGAUUUGGAAGUACCCUUUCAAAGAAGUCCUUGGAUAUGGCAAUGAGGCAUAUGGACAUAAGGCGAAGCAUCCAGGGUAAUCUGCGACCGCUUGUGACAAGCAUUCCAGCUUCCUCUAUGUACAGUGUGAGAUCAGGUAGUUCAUCAAAGAGCAGGACAGUGAGUGUUUCUGAUUCACCACUUGCCACAAGCAGCACUGCUAGCUCUGAACCAAGUGUAAAUAACAACUCCAUAUCUUAUGAUGGGAGUGAGAUUGAAGAAAAUGAUUUUGGAAGUGAGAGGGGAAACUCUUCACCUAUCAGUCAUCAAAAAUAGUAGGUGAUCAAUGGUAUGAUCAUCACUGCUCUUGCCACUUUAUUUGUAUAUGUGGUAGAACAAAUAGCACUCAUAUUUAUGUGAUACCAUGUUCACAUAUAGAUGUGUU